UCCAUGUAUUAUCUCAAGUAAUACACACACACCAACCUUAUAUUCUAGGUACUAAUAUUGUCUGUUUCACGCUUGAGGAAACGGACACAGAGAGGUUAAGUAACUUGCCUAGGUAAUACCGUUACAAGUGAGAGGCAGCAUCACUUGAGCAAGAUUGAGAAAACCUUGUGAUCCUCCGAGGGGCCUGACGAGUCCAGAGAACAGUGAUGAGUUCAAAGUACAGAAGGAGCAGAAGGAAGUGAUCGUCGAAGGGAAGGCUGCAGAAGUUGGCAAACAAGUUUGAAAAACAAAAAAAAAAAUGCUUUUCUCCAGGCUGGGCUACAUAGCCGGAGUUUAGGAAAGCAGGCAGAAAAAUCCGCGUAAACCAGGCCUGGAGAGCGCCUGGAUCCCGGGGGAACCGAGGAACAGGCCGGAAGUGGCGUCAACUAGCGGCGUCAGGUGCUUAGCGGGACUGCGGGGCCGCGAGGAGUUCGGGCCGGACGCGACACCCGGAAGUUACGCCCUGGAGGCGGUACCUGGUUGUGGAGGGCGUCGCGAUGGGCGGGGCGGGGCGUCCGUGGUCAUCCUGGAACCACGGAUUCCAGGCAGUUUUGCAGAACUCCGAUAUCUGUGGACGCUAACAUGGACUUCAUUUAAAGAAACCCACGGACCAUUAAUGGACAAAAACAUGAAUCAGAUUGUAUUUUGGCAUUCAAAUCCUAGCACUUGGGGAAAGGUUCUGAAGCCCCCUCUUACAUCAGAACUCUUUUCUAAUGAUCCUCUGAGUGUCAUCUCAGGACCCUGGGCACACUCAUGGCACGAUGGCCAACCCUCAGGAGCACCUGAGCUGCUCCUCUUCCCCACACUUGCCUUUGAGUGAAAACAAAACCUUCAAUGGACUACAAGAUGACGUCGCACCUAUGCGAAGCCACCCUUCACCCAAGCUUCUUAAGGACCAGCAGGAAAAGGGGGUGGUGCAAACAGAGCUAACUGAGGGCAUGAACAGCCCCAUCACCACAACAGUGUUGACAAGCGUAAGCGAGGAUUCCAGGGACCAGUUUGAGAACAGCGUUCUUCAGCUAAGGGAACAAGAUGAAUCGGAGAUGGCCGUGUCUCAUGGGAACAGCAACACUGUGGAUGGAGAGGGCACAAGUGGAACCGAAGACAUCAAGAUUCAGUUCAGCAGGUCGGGCAGCGGCAGUGGUGGGUUUCUUGAAGGACUAUUUGGAUGCUUAAGGCCUGUAUGGAAUAUCAUUGGGAAGGCAUACUCCACUGAUUACAAAUUGCAGCAGCAAGAUACCUGGGAAGUGCCCUUUGAGGAGAUCUCAGAGCUGCAGUGGCUGGGCAGUGGAGCCCAGGGAGCUGUCUUCCUGGGCAAGUUCCGAGCGGAGGAGGUGGCCAUCAAGAAAGUGAGAGAACAGAAUGAGACGGAUAUCAAGCACCUGAGGAAGUUGAAGCACCCUAACAUCAUCGCUUUCAAGGGUGUUUGUACUCAGGCCCCAUGUUACUGUAUCAUCAUGGAAUACUGUGCCCAUGGACAACUUUAUGAGGUUUUGCGAGCUGGCAGGAAGAUCACACCUCGAUUGCUAGUAGAUUGGUCCACAGGAAUUGCAAGUGGAAUGAAUUAUUUACACCUCCAUAAAAUUAUUCAUCGUGAUCUCAAAUCACCUAAUGUUUUAGUGACUCACACAGAUGCAGUAAAAAUUUCAGAUUUUGGUACAUCUAAGGAACUUAGUGAUAAAAGUACCAAGAUGUCCUUCGCUGGCACAGUAGCAUGGAUGGCGCCAGAGGUGAUACGGAAUGAACCUGUCUCUGAAAAAGUCGAUAUAUGGUCUUUUGGAGUGGUGCUCUGGGAGCUUCUGACAGGAGAGAUCCCGUACAAAGAUGUAGACUCUUCAGCCAUUAUUUGGGGUGUUGGAAGCAAUAGCCUACACCUUCCAGUUCCUUCCACUUGCCCUGAUGGAUUCAAAAUCCUUAUGAAGCAGACAUGGCAGAGUAAACCUCGCAAUCGACCUUCUUUUCGGCAGACACUCAUGCAUUUAGACAUCGCAUCUGCGGAUGUACUUGCCACCCCACAAGAAACUUACUUCAAGUCUCAGGCUGAAUGGAGAGAAGAAGUAAAAAAACACUUUGAGAAGAUCAAAAGUGAAGGAACUUGUAUCCACCGAUUAGACGAAGAACUGAUUCGAAGGCGCAGAGAAGAGCUCAGGCAUGCUUUGGAUAUUCGUGAGCACUAUGAGAGAAAACUUGAGCGGGCUAAUAAUUUAUACAUGGAAUUGAGUGCCAUCAUGCUGCAGCUAGAAAUGCGGGAGAAGGAGCUAAUCAAGCGUGAGCAAGCAGUGGAGAAGAAGUAUCCUGGGACCUACAAACGACAUCCUGUCCGUCCAAUAAUCCACCCUAAUGCCAUGGAGAAACUCAUGAAGAGGAAAGGCGUGCCUCACAGACCCGGGAUGCAGGCCAAGCGGCCAGAUCUGUUGAGAUCUGAAGGUAUCCCCAGUGUGGAAGUGGCUCCCACUGCAUCCCCUUUGUCCGGAAGUCCCAAAAUGUCCACCUCCAGCAGCAAGAGCCGCUAUCGGAGCAAACCACGCCACCGCCGCGGGAGUAGCCGAGGCAGCCACAGCGACUUUGCGGCGAUCUUAAAAAACCAGCCAGCCCGGGAAAAUUCACCCCAUCCCACUUACCUGCACCAAGCGCAGUCCGAAUACCCUUCUCCCCAUCACCGUAGUCCUCUCCAGCAGCAAUACCAGCAACCCCCUCCCGCCGCGUCUCAGAGUCACCAUCCCAGACUCGACGUGCACGGACAGGACAUUGCAACCUGCGCCAACAACCUGAGGUAUUUUGGCCCCGCGGCAGCCCUGCGGAGCCCACUCAGCAACCAUGCUCAAAGACAGAUGCCUGGUUCUAGCCCUGACCUCAUCUCCACGGCCGUGGCGGCAGAUUGCUGGAGAAGUUCCGAGCCUGACAAGGGCCAGGCAGGCCCCUGGGGCUGUUGUCAGGCUGACCCCUAUGACCCCUGCCUCCAGCGCAGGCCAGAACAGCAUGGGUCCUUAGACGUCCCCUCUGCCGAGCCCGUGAGGAGGAGCCCCAACCUUUUCAAGCCACCAGCACACAGUCCCCUCUCGGAAAAUGCCCAAGGUUCUGAGAAAAUGGAAGAGAAGGAAUUCAGCGGCUGUGGGUCUGCAGCAUCCCUCAACACCUCUCAUCACAUCACCCCCCCAGCUCUACCUCGAAAAACAAGGCCCCUUCAGAAGAGUGGAGAUGACUCCUCUGAAGAGGAAGAAGGAGAAGUAGAUAGUGAAGUUGAAUUUCCACGAAGACAGAGGCCCCAUCGCUGUAUCAGCAGCUGCCAGUCGUAUUCAACCUUUAGCUCUGAGAAUUUCUCUGUGUCUGACGGAGAGGAAGGAAAUACCAGUGACCACUCAAACAGCCCUGAUGAGUUAGCGGAUAAACUCGAAGACCGCCUGGCAGAGAAGCUAGAUGACCUGCUGUCCCAGACGCCGGAGAUCCCCAUUGAGAUAUCCUCGCAUUCAGACGGGCUGUCUGACAAGGAGUGUGCUGUGCGCCGUGUGAAGACGCAGAUGUCUCUGGGCAAGCUGUGUACGGAGGACCGUAGCUAUGAGAAUCCUAUGCAGUUUGAAGAAUCGGACUGUGACUCUUCAGAUGGGGAGCGUUCUGAUGCCACAGUUAGGACCAAUAAACACUACAGCUCUGCUACUUGGUAAUGAAAGAAUACCCACCCUGAAGAUCUCAUGACUAUACUGGCAUUUCACAUCCAUCCCACCCCCAGACUCUUCCCACUCUCUCCCUGCUUUUUCAUCUGGGAAGAGAGCUGCCCCAUCUUUCUUACCCCUAGACAUGAGCUGCAAUAACAGGAACAUGAGACUUCACAAAUCUCUGGAAAAAAAUAUCCAAAUGAAAUUAAGUCUCACUGAACAUUUCAAUCAAGAAUGGCAGGGAUCUAUUUUAUUGAAUAUUCUAGCUACUGUAACACUGAUAUUUAUUUUUGUUUGACAUUUUAACACUUUGUACUGUAAAGAGUGAACUAUAUAUGAUAGAGAGAAAGACAAUAAUUUCUUGCAAAAAAAAGAGAGAGAGAGAGAAAGAAAGGAGGAAAGAACAGAAGUGGAAUUCAGGAGCAACAUCCUUGGGAAUCUGUGGAGCCAGGAGGUAUUACUGCUGCUUGAACAGGGGACCAGUUCCUCUGGCCAUAAGUGACUGAAGAAGAGCCAGAGCAAGACAUACUGAACAUUUUAGAAAACAAAAACAGCAAAAGAAAAGCAAUUCCAGGUAAUCUGUGAACAGACCACAUUAAAUCCACCCAGCCUGUCCAGAUGGGUGAUGGAAAGACCUAGACAAUUUUGGAGACCAGAGACUUGCACCCAAGGCCUUUGAGGGCAUGUGCUUCCUCUAGGAGGAAAAAGAAAACUGCGCGUGUCAAAGCUGAUCUCAUUUUUAAAAUGCUGAGCAGCGUUGGUAGUGAGACUUACAGACAGUGUCCAACCUUGUCCUUGACAAAUUUUCUGCUUUUUAUGCGUCAGUGUCACUACCUUGGCAAAUGCAUUACCUUGACCAAUGUGUUGAUUUUUCAGACUCAAGUGCCAGUUUCCUGUAGCCUAUUUCCUUUCCACCUGUUGGCUGCUUCUUUUAGGGAAAAAGGGGGCAGGGGAGGGAAAGCCUGAGGAGGAGAGAAGGAGAAGACAAAAAGAGAAUGUCCAACAGUGUUGGAAAAGCAAAUGUGGAAUUUGUAAAAGGACAUUUUCAGAAUGUCUCAGUUCACCUACGUGCAGAAGAUGGGAUCACCCCUCCCUGGAACCAGGUUGCUUGUCUACUAGAGUUUUAUUGAUGUAAACAGAACAGUCCUUGAAGACAGCUAGGAGGUGUGUCAGUCUGCCCGAUGUCCAAUCCCAAACCAUCCCCCAUGUUUUUAUUUGUUAACUCAUUCUAUCCCAGAAGCUGUAGUGACUGGCUACCACUAUCAGAAUAAAGGCAAAAUAAGCAACUUGCAAAGGGCAACCCCUCCCCUAUCACGAUAGCAUUUUUGUUAAAUGCUACUUGUAACAUGUAUUUGGAUCAAUGUAGUUUUGAAUAAUUGGAUUUGGAAAUUCGGAGAAAGAACAACUGAUGCUAAGCAGAGAUUGGAAAAAUAUUGUCCAAGGCAUGAGGUCCUUCCUGUCUCUAGGGUCAUGGGCUCUGAGAAACAUCCCAAGGUACCUCAUGGUGCCUUGGCUUUAAGGAAAUUUUUAUCUAGAAUUUUAUAUAAAAACAGAUGUUGGCCUAGUUCCUGUCUCUGUCUCCAAAAUCAGUUACUGCCAAACAACCUCGAAGCUCAAGACCUGGAGAGGGUGGCUAGACGCUCUGAUAUUGCAUCGGACUGGACUUCAGGAAAGACUUACAUACACAGGUAUUAAACCAUUUCCAGUGCAGAUGAAAACAUCACCCUCCUCUGGGUGUCACUGAUUGCAUCGGCCAAAAAGGAAAAGCAGGAGGGAAUUUAGAGCAGUUCCUUUUGCUUGUUUGAUCCCUCCAUUUGUUUACACUUUAUGUUGAGACAUUGAUUUAAAAUUUAGUGUCUGUAAUUUAUAGCUCUUAGGUAGGCUGAAGGAAAAUAUUUAACUUAUACAGAGAGCAGUAUUGUUUCAUUAAAUUAUUCCAUUUUGUAUAAAUUCUGUAGCUGGACUACAUGAAAGAUCUUAAGUUAUGGUAUUAUUAUCAUUGUUAUUUUAUUUUAUAAUUAUCUUUCUCAUUUUCUGUCGAUCAGAAGGUGUGGUUUAUGGUGUAGCACAAUGAUUGUGUUUAUUGCUAACCAUGAAUUAUUAUGGAUUUUUAUGAAGGAAUGAAAAUGGAACUGCCAUUUGGGAGCUCCCUGGUAUUUGUCUUAGCUGUAUUCCCUCAUUUUCUGUGUACAACAACAAUCAUCUGAGGAUGCGUGUACCGCCCUGAGGUCCAGUGGAUACGUUGUGAUUUUGACUUGAUCGCAAAAGCUCCUAGGUGGGCAUCAGAUGACUGAGUGGUGGACAAAGAGUUCAAAAGCUGUACAUUUUCUCGAGUUUCUUAAGAAAUAAAAUCAUGGGACUACAUUAGAAGCACAAAGAGAAUUAUUUAAUGCCCUGAGAGGAACAGGCCUACAGGGAAUCUGCAUGGGGCCUGUGGGGUAGAUAGUUUCAAGAACUGGCAGCAUAGUUUGUAAUCUCCUUCCUACUAAAUCCCAUAAAACCAACAUUUUUCUCCUAGUUGGGAGACUAUAAAAAGGAAAUAAAUAGAUGGCAUGACAAAAAAAAUGCCUAACUGUGAUGUCAUCCGAUAGCAAGACAAGAGAAAUUCUAGAAUGAGGCUUAGUCUCUUAGUCACAGAGCUGGAAAAGUACCUGAAAACCCAUAUUUUUCAUCCUCUGACUUCAGACCAUACCAUACUGUGAAUCUCUCUGGUUCAUUACUUCUGAGAACAGAGAGGCUACAACUCUGUGUCCUCUUUAUUUAUUUAUUUUUUUUGAU